AUAGAAGAUCGAAGCAGGCUCGGGUUGGCAACUGGCGACCGGAGAAGUAUGGGAGACAGGCAGAGCCGACGCACCGACUUCCCGACACCCGAUCCCCAGUCCGCGGACGGUGUCAUCACGCCGAACGUGGUGGUGCACCACACGAGCACCUCUUCCGAUACGCCUAGCGUCGCCAUCAUGGUCCCAGACGACGGGAGCCGAUUCAGCACGGGAUGGUUGCCUCCCCCGCUGACGCCCGACGUCGAGGCGUCCGUGUCGCGCGGUGUACUGCAGCUGGGCAUCGACCUGCUGCGGGAGCUGCGGCGCUCCGAACCUGGCGAGCCCAACGUGGUCCUGUCCCCGUACGCGGCCGCGAGCGCGCUCGAAGAGCUCCUGGUCGGAUCCCGUGGAAUGACGGCCGCCCAGAUUUCAGCGGCGCUGUACAUCCCGCCAGGACAGAGGGUGAGCUACUACUUCGAGAACUGUGACCGCGAAAUGCCGAACCGGCGUCGAAGCGACAUAACGCGACGCUUUGACAUGGGCUACCUGAACAACGUGCACCACGAACAGACAUUGGCCACCAUCGACCCGGACACGCAGGCGAGCGAGGUUCUGCGUCUGGAGCGCUUCAGUUGGGACUUCGCCAAGGCUCCCGAGGAGAGUCGCCAGGGGAUCGACCACUACGCUCGCCUCUACUCGAACGCCUUCGAGGCCGCCGAGAUUCUGCCCCAGGGCUGCAUCACGCCGUCCUCUUUGGUGUGCAUGGUGAGCGUGGUGGAGUUCCGAGGCUCGUGGAAGCAGGCGUUCGACGACCGCACCGCAACGCGAGAAACAUUCUACGAGUCGGACGGCAGCUUCACGCCCGUAGUGAUGGUGCACCAGACGGGGCGAUUUCGGCUCGCCAAGUGCACCGACCUGCGUGCCACGGCGAUCGAGCUGCCGUACGAACUACCCGGGAAUCGCCAGGGAACCGAGCCGAGCCGAUCCAGCGUAAGCACGCCCAGAAGCGGUAUUGUCACGCCAGCCUGUGUGGAUGCAUACGUGGGCCCGGAGUUCUCACUGGUGGUGCUUCUGCCUGAGGAGAAGAACGGCCUUGAGCUGUUGGAAUCAAAGCUGAGUGCGUUUACUGCAAUGACCUGCUUUGACCACCUCAGAGCCGAGAAAGAAGUUAGAGUGAGCCUGCCACUCUUCAAGGUCAAACAGGUGACAGAUAUGAUACCGUUACUCGGCGCUAUCGGCGUCCGUCACGUGUUCACAGAGGACGCCGAGCUGUGGGGAUCAACGACAGGCGAGAAGCGGGUGACGCUGAUGCAGCAUGCAGCCGCUUUCGAGACGGCCCAGACCGGAGGCCGGCCCCUGCAACGCACCAAACCUGCGGGUCUCCUGCGCGGACUGGUGCACGGCUUCCGCACCUUGGUGAAGGUCCCGCGCCAGCGCGCACAGUUCACCGUCGACCGCCCCUUCGCGUUCUUUGUAACGUGCGCCCGCCCGCACGCACUCAUGCUGCUGGGUUCCGUGCGUCGCAUCUCCUCAUGACGUCACGAAGAAUUGAACUGCCCUUUUGCUCGCAGCCUGAUUGUCAUGGACGCAUCAAUUCGCUCGUUUAUGCUGAACGUAAUUACGCAUGGCGAACUUUCCAGGUAAACUAGAGGCUUCGCCUUGAUGCUA